AACGAUCGUCUAGCUUUCUUAGGUGUGUAGGAGUCUGAGGAUGCGCUUCUGCAAUUCGCGAGAUGCACAGGGCUAACCGGCAAUUGCACUUUAGGACGACGGAUCGUUGAGUUACAGGCUUCUUUGGCCAUGGUGCAGAGCCCCGGAAGUGCGGCAUCCACUGCUACCCCCGAUGCGUUUGACCGUGUGCCCUUCACGCACCCGGCAUUGGAUGGCCUUGAGAACCUCACCCGUAACAAAAAAUUCUUGGUAGGCAAAGCGCAGAUUGCGGAGGUUGCGCAGAAGUAUGAGCUGCAGAAGGUCCUGAGAUGGAGUCCUCGGAAGGUAAGAUGAUGGAACAUCCUUCUUUUCUAUGGUUUUGCGGCAUACUGCUUUCACUGCAAAUGGCUAUACUGUAUCUUGCUAACAAUUACCGAUGCUCAGCCUAACAACCUUGCGAGCUCCGGAAUCGAGCUUGUCCUUGCCCACACGAUGUAUGCGAUUGUCGGUGCCAUUUCCCUGGAGAAAGGUGGUCUCGUUGCCAACAAGGUGACACGCGAGCGGAUAUUAGAACCUUUGGGAUUCAAGGCUUAAGUCGGGAUAUCAUUGUUGGGAAAUGGCCGCAGGAGCAUUUCGAGGCGUUAUCUCCUUUUCGCUUUCUUGUCUUUUUUUAUAUCUUGGAUGUUCUCUGUAUGUGUUGGGGGUUCUGGUCAUCCACCAUAUAUGUACUUUUACUACGACCAUGUCUUAUAUUGAUUUUCGAAUACCACCCGGAAGGAUCCUCUCCUCUGACGAGCCCUCUCUUGGGGAACGUGUUAAGAGAACGCACAAAACACUAUGAGAAUAGAAUUGUUUAUUAAUGAUAGGUAUGUUCGGUUCCUCUGACACCGCCCGAGUAACAGAGUAAAAUACGCGGCCAGCUCUUAUGGAACCCUCUUUACGAUGCAUAGUCUUCGCGCCGCUGUAUCGCAAGUCAGCAAUGAAAAACUGGGACCAUCGUACAGAAUGUACGACAACACCAGAAAUCACAGAACGUAAUUUGUACUGCCUUGCA